AUGAAGCUCGUCGGCUUGUGUCAGUCCAACGACGCACUGCGCCGGCGCGUCGCGCACCUCUUUAUGACGCACGGUGAGUACGCCGACUCGGACGCGGGCGACGACGACGGCCUCGAGCUCGUGCCCGGCCACGCCACGGUCAUCAGACCCAACGAAAACGAGAUCCUCGCCUUGCUCCACAAGCAGGGUCGCGGUGCAGGUGGCGCCACGCAGCACCCGAGCAUUCAACGCGCCAAGAGCGACGUGAUGCUACCGAUCGCGAUCGACGAUGACGUGGCGAAAGCGGUGCAGCACGACAUGAUCAUGACGAUCCCAUCGGUGGCGUGGACGGCCAAAUUUGAAGAUGCUUACAUGCGCUUUAAGCGCGGGCGCCCAAAAGCCAAGCUCAACUCAGUCCAGGUCUUUCGUUCGUACUUGAUGACGCCCGAGUUCCGCGCGCUGCAUGCAUUAACGUACGGUGCGACGCGCUUUCACGAAGACACGACAGGCACGUUUGGGAACGACGAGAGCGACCAUCCGCUUCACCACGGGCUCCAAAAACGACUUUCAAAGCUAACGCCGCCGAUGCGGUCGUCCUUGGAGCUAUCGCUCUCGAACCACAUGCUCGACAAUUUCGACCACCUUCUCGACAUGUACACGUCGGCGCGACGCGACUUUCUUGCGCAAAUGACGCAGUGCGGAAAGCGACAGCGCCACGCGGCGCGACAGCUCAAAGAGGCCAAGCAGCACCUCGAGUCGCGCCGCGCCGACGUCAAGAAGGAAGUCGCCAAGACGCGCGCGAUGCUCGGUCACCGUGUCAUCGCCGCACGUCUCCAUACGCCGCGGGACCCCGCGCACAUUGAGGGCAGUGACAAGCACGCUGUGACCAUGAUUGUGUCCGCCUCCAAGCGCGCGGCAGCCAAUCUCCAGCUCUCGAUCGAGUACGCCAAGACAACGACGAUCGAAGGCGGCGGUCUUCCGACGCGCGCGCUCUGCCUCAAGCAGCAACGCGCGCUCACGCACCAUAUCGUGUACAUCCAGCGCCUGUACCGCGGGCACAUGGCGCGCCGCUACGUCUACUCGCUCAAGUGGCUCUUCUUCAUGUGGCGCCACCUCUUUUUCCCGUCCACAGUGCUCCCAAGAGACUCGGUGUACGGCUUCAUGCACAUUGACGACUUUGAAGCGAGCUUCGAGUACUUUUACUACCAGUCGAACGCCGAGCGCGUCUAUAUGGCUGGUUUUGCACUCACCGUGCCGCCGUCCCGCCUCGGCGGACAGUUUGUCGAGUACCAUCGUUUCAAGCGGUACUGGCUGCGCUUCAUGUACCGUGCGUCCGGGCCCGCCGACAUGGUGCGCUUUGUGCAGUUUGUGCGCAACCGCGAAGCCAUCAUCCACUCGAUUGAGAUCCAGGUAGGCUGCCACGUCAUCACAUUGCACCGUACGUUUACAUCGGUGCCGCAUUAG